AGGACAAAGGCGGCGCGCAGCUUGUGUCGUCCGCCAUUUUGUACGAAGCAAGGUGGCAUCCACGUUCCCCGAGCAACUUCUCCGCUUCUGCCUCAACCGCCCCUUGACUGGAGCUAUGUCUCGGGAUCGGUUCCGGAGUCGCGGCGGUGGCGGUGGCGGCUUUCACCGGCGUGGAGGAGGCGGUGGCCGCGGCGGCCUCCAUGACUUCCGCUCGCCGCCGCCGGGCAUGGGCCUCAACCAGAACCGCGGCCCCAUGGGCCCGGGCCCUGGCGGCCCGAAGCCACCGAUCCCGCCUCCGCCUCCGCACCAGCAGCCGCCGCAACAGCCUCCGCCGCAGCAGCCCCCGCCUCAGCAGCCCCCACCGCAUCAGCAGCCGCCGCCGCACCAGCCGCCCCAUCAGCAGCCCCCGCCUCCGCCGCAGGACUCGUCCAAGCCCGUCGUCCCCCAAGGCCCCGGCUCUGCGCCGGGAGUGAGCACUGCACCGCCUCCGGCCGGCUCAGCGCCUCCCGCCAACCCCCCGACCACCGGCGCCCCGCCGGGCCCGGGUCCCACUCCGACGCCGCCACCCGCCGUCACCUCCACCACCCCGGGACCGCCUCCGCCCUCGACGCCGAGCAGCGGAGUCUCGACAACCCCGCCACAGACCGGUGGCCCUCCGCCUCCACCCGCCGGCGGCGCCGGGCCCGGGCCUAAGCAAGGCCCUGGGCCAGGACCAGGCGGUCCUAAGGGCGGCAAGAUGCCCGGUGGGCCUAAGCCAGGAGGCGGCCCGGGCAUGGGCGCUCCCGGAGGCCACCCGAAGCCACCUCACCGUGGUGGCGGGGAGCCCCGCGGGGGCCGCCAGCACCACCCGCCCUACCACCAGCAGCACCACCAGGGACCCCCUCCCGGCGGGCCAGCCGCCCGCACGGAAGAAAAGAUAUCCGACUCGGAGGGAUUUAAAGCCAACUUGUCUCUCUUGCGGAGGCCUGGAGAAAAAACUUAUACACAGCGCUGUCGAUUGUUUGUGGGGAACCUACCUGCUGAUAUCACAGAGGAUGAAUUCAAAAGACUGUUUGCUAAAUACGGAGAACCCGGAGAAGUUUUUAUCAACAAAGGCAAAGGGUUCGGGUUCAUUAAACUUGAGUCUAGAGCCUUGGCUGAAAUCGCCAAAGCUGAGCUUGAUGAUACUCCCAUGAGAGGCAGACAGCUUCGAGUUCGCUUUGCCACACAUGCUGCAGCCCUUUCUGUUCGGAAUCUUUCGCCCUAUGUUUCUAAUGAACUGUUGGAAGAGGCCUUUAGCCAGUUUGGUCCUAUUGAAAGAGCUGUCGUAAUUGUGGAUGAUCGUGGAAGAUCUACAGGGAAAGGCAUUGUUGAAUUUGCUUCAAAGCCAGCAGCAAGAAAAGCAUUCGAAAGAUGCAGUGAAGGUGUUUUCCUAUUGACAACGACUCCUCGCCCAGUCAUUGUGGAACCUCUUGAACAGUUAGAUGACGAAGAUGGUCUUCCUGAAAAACUGGCCCAGAAGAAUCCAAUGUAUCAAAAGGAGAGAGAAACACCUCCUCGUUUUGCUCAGCAUGGCACAUUUGAGUAUGAAUAUUCUCAAAGAUGGAAGUCCUUGGAUGAAAUGGAAAAACAGCAAAGGGAACAAGUUGAAAAAAACAUGAAGGAUGCGAAAGAUAAAUUGGAAAGUGAAAUGGAAGAUGCCUACCAUGAGCAUCAAGCAAAUCUUUUGCGCCAAGAUCUGAUGAGACGCCAGGAGGAACUGAGGCGCAUGGAAGAACUUCACAGUCAAGAAAUGCAGAAACGUAAAGAAAUGCAGUUGAGGCAAGAGGAGGAACGACGUAGAAGAGAGGAAGAGAUGAUGAUUCGCCAAAGAGAGAUGGAAGAACAGAUGAGACGCCAGCGAGAAGAAAGUUACAGCAGAAUGGGCUACAUGGAUCCAAGAGAAAGAGACAUGAGAAUGGGUGGUGGAGGAACAAUGAACAUGGGAGAUCCCUAUGGUUCAGGAGGCCAGAAAUUUCCACCUCUAGGUGGUGGUGGUGGCAUAGGUUAUGAAGCUAAUCCUGGAGUUCCACCAGCAACCAUGAGUGGUUCCAUGAUGGGAAGUGACAUGCGUACUGAGCGCUUUGGGCAGGGAGGUGCGGGUCCUGUGGGUGGACAGGGUCCUAGAGGAAUGGGGCCUGGAACUCCAGCAGGAUAUGGUAGAGGAAGAGAAGAGUAUGAAGGGCCAAACAAAAAACCCCGAUUUUAGAUAUCUAGGCUUUCAUUCCAGUUUGUUUUUGUCUUUUCUUGUUUAGAUACCACUUUUAAAUUCUUGCAUUUUAGUAAGAAAGCUACCUUUUUAUGGAUGUUAGCAGUUUAUUGACCUGAUAUUUGUAAAUGGUCUGUUUGGGCAGGUAAAAUUAUGUAACGCAGUGUUCAAAACAGGAGAAAAAAUUUUCUUUUUAUUUACUUUUUUUUUUAACUGUAUAAUGUUUCUCAAGUUAAUGGCAGUGUACCUUGUGCCACUGAAUUUCCAAAGUGUACCAUUUUUUUUACUGUGCUUCGAAUAAAUAGAAAAAUAGUUACAAUACUGAUCUUCAACUUUGCCAUUCAUGCUUCUACGCACAUUAGGCUAGGUAUUCCACUUGGAAAGCAUGAGCGUGUCUAGGCCUUUGAAUGGCAUAUGCCAUUUCGGGAAAUGUAUCUGGAGGCUAAGCAUUGCUUUCUACAAAUGACCCUCCCCUUGUUUUAAAAAGAAAUGCAUAUUGAUGUAGUUAGUUGUUUGGCAUUAUAGGAAGCAAGCUGGUGCUAAGCAUUUUUAAAUGGUUAUGUUAGAAAAGUCAAACUGUAAAUCUUAAUUCAGGAACAUGUAUUAAGAUUAUGGAAUGGGUAUAAACUACUGGUAGUGAGAGAAAGGGGGUUUGGUUAAAUGGAUCCUUUAUGGCCCUAUCUAUGAUCCUUUCCUUGAAAGCUUUUGAAAAUGGAAAGAUCAUCUUGUUGCAUUUCCCCUAUUUUGUUUUAAACGAAUAAGUCCCAAGCCCUACCAUUGGCUUGUACUGAACUUUUGCAUUUGAAUUAAAGAUUGUUAAACAUGAAGCCUUUUCAUGUAUUACUUUAAGUGAUUUUGAGAAGAGUUAAGAGUUAACUAUAAAUAAGGUAGAUUUAGCCUUAUGUACUCUUUAACAUACACCUUGUGUGCUAUUGAGCAAAAUCUGUAGUCUGAAAAAUCUAUUGGUUCUCUUUAAGAGCUAGUGGUGACUGUUACUAUGUAGGACUGCCAAUAACCAUUCUCACUAUGGAGUUGACCUGUUUUUAUACCAUUCUUUUUAACAUAGCACUAAACCUGGAGAGAGUUGCUCAGGCUAUAUAGUAUGAAUACUCUUUCCUCCCACUGAAGCUUGGGGGUGUUUUGAUGAUGUUAGUUGAUUGUCAACUUAAUUGAAUUUCCUUUCAUUAGAACAAGAGACUUUCUGACUUGACAAUAAUAAAGUAGAUUGUUUACUGUUGUCUACGAGUAUAAUGGGAGCUUGAUUUUUUUUUUCUUCCCAGUGUAAAUAUGUUAAGAGGAAAGACUUAUAAGUAAGAAUGGCUUGGCUCUGUUCUUAGUUACAUUUCUAUUCAAGUCUACAUUAUAGAACUUUCACUAUGGAAUGUCUUCAUCCUUUUCACCUCUAUCCUUGGUGCUAAUUGGCAAAAGAAAUCUAAAUCACUUGGCUGAGGUCUAGUAUUGUGCUUGAGUACAAAAGGAGACCUAUUGUGGAAACAAUUGAGUGCUUCAUGAACAGGAAAAUGCCGUAAAUUUUUUAAAAGUAAAACACAAGUAGAUUACAAGAAGCAUGUCACCAAAUGAUUUUAUAACUGAUAGGUAUAUGGUGUAUUAAGGGAGAAAAUUUCCCUAAAAAAUACAUUAAUUUUUCUUCACCAGUACAUUCGGGAGUAGGUAGUUCCAUCAUAAUUUUAGCAACCAGAAAGUUUUGGCCCAAGUGAAGUUAAUGAUUGGUGAUGCAUGAAGGUUUUCUGUGCUCAAACAAAGGUCUGGAUUUGAAAGGCGCUCAUUGGUUGAAUUGUAUAGUAGGGACCACAAUAAUGAGAAAAUUGAGGGGUGUUCAGGGGACACCCAUGGAGGGUGAAUUUGAAUGUAUGUGGGUGGGGGCUGGAGGGGAAAUGGGAAAAUCUGCCUAUAAAAUUAAUGUUUCAGUUUAUUUUUCAGAUUACAUGCCUUUCUUUAUAAGUGAUGCUGGCACAGACUCCUAAAAUAAGCUUUUGGUAGUAGUAUACUUUUGAAGAGAGCUGAAGGAUGCUUAAAGGAUAGUUUCCUGAGAUUGUGCCUUUUGAUAACCUUCAUUGUGGGCUGUAGAGUUGCUAAACUAUGUUUAGCAGAUAAGGUUGCAUAGUGUCAACCAACAUUGACUUUGAUCAGUGUACCAGCGGUUGUAAGCUACUGAGACUUUCAAUAAGUCUUACAUGUGAUUGUUUUAGUGAAUUUUAAAUCAUAUUGAGCAGUUGAACCAAAAGGAAAUUUAGGGUGGGAGGGGAAGAUAACAAUGUAUUUUAGACAUUUUCCCAUAGAAGAAAUCACCUGCCCCUAUUUCUUCCUUCACUUCCUCAAAAUUGUUUGCAGGGUACACCUAAAAAAUUUUCACCUCUUAAAGGUUUCAUUCUCUAAGACAGUAAUACAUAUUUAACAGGCAUGCUAUAAGCUGAACCCAUUGACACACAUUAUGUGGUGAGACCAUAUUCUUUUGUCCCUAGAACGUUAAAUUCCUAGGUACUUUAAAACCCACCACUCUUUAUGUGUGUUGUACCACUAAUACAAACAGAUAAUCUGGGGAAAUUGUAGGAAAAUUGUAAUGUUACACCUGUGCAGUUUUUACAAGUGGCAUAUCAUGGCAGAUAAAAAUUUAGGUACUUGGCUUGGGCAAGCCACAAAGUUGUGGCGGAAUGUUUUGUGGUGUUCUUGGACUGCAAUUGUGCACUAUUAAAGUAGUGGCCUGCUACAUAACUGCGUUUAGCCAGCAUUUCUGCAGUGCGUAACUGUGAGGAACGUAGUACCGCAAAUGGCAAUGGACAUUAGGACCCGGAUGUAGUAUUCCUGCUUGCUCCAAGAUUCUCAUUGCCGACUGCAUACAGGUAGGUAACAAGCAAUAUAAUCUAACUUGCUAUGUGCUUUUAUUCAGUGGGCAUUCUGACAUCACACUUCUGACAGUGAAAUUACAGUGCAGCACCUAAUACUUGUAUGACAAGCUAGGUUAAUUCAAAAUCUGGGUCUGGGAUUAGAUCUGUAAUUUGUUAGGAAGAAUUCAGUGUUGGAAAUCUCAGAAAAUGCAAACUUUUGGUGUGUCUUGAAGUUUUGUGAUUUUCUUUAGUUACACAUUGUAACUGAAGAUAAAAUGGAACACAUCUGGUGAUUGGGAGGGAACCAAACCAUGCUUGACCUGGGGUCUCAGCACCUUGAUGAAGACUGUAGUAUGUGAUACUUAGUCUCUUUAGUAGCAAACUUGACCUGCCUUUGGUCAGUCAGCAAUGUCUAAUUUCAUUAUGCAAUCUUGAGACUUGUUUUGCAAGAUGAGUGAAUUAAAAACUAAAUGACACAGGAUGGGGGGGUGAUUUUUUUUUUUCUUUCUGGGAUUUGUUUUUGUUUCUUUUGUAAUGUGAUCCAAUUUUUCCAGGUAUGGGCUUCAUGGUAACACUUUUGUUACUAACUUGGGCUUAAAUGGGAAUCUUACGAAUAGUUCAAAUUAUGUGGCUUGUCUAAGUAUGUUUAUACUCUAAACUUGGGGGAAAGUAGUGUGAAACACUGACUUCCUACAGUUGAAAGCAUUGGGAACCAUCCCCACCAUAAGACUUCGUCGUAUUCUGUAGAAUGAGUGCAUUUGUUCAGAGUAGCUCUUUGAACUUUGUUCCCUAGUUUUAGGGAUGUGAUUGAUUACAGUCCAAAAUAAUCACAGGGAUACAUGAGCCUUCAAAGCGUUUUCCUUUGUUGCUUAGGACUUGAGCUUUCUUCCUAUCAACUGUUCCAGACCUCAGUUCAGAUUAACCUUACCGUUUAGGUAGCAUGCAUGAGAACAAACAGCUUCACUCAUAAUGCUUUCUGCUCUAUAACUGGAAAAUUUGGUGCAUUCUGCAUACGUGCCGCUGAAAACCUCAGGACUGUGAGAAUUUUCUGUCACUGUAUCAAGAAAAAUGGCUUGCUUUUGGAAAGGCAAGUCAGAUGGUGGGGCAGAUUUGUAUUUACUCCAAGAAAACAACUGUGAUUACUGAUAGAUGAAAGCAAUGGUGACUUAGCUCCUUAUGCUACAAAGCAUACAGUGUGACAUGAGUAUCACUAACCUGCCUAGAACCCUGUUGGAGGCAUUGCAAUGUCAUAGUAUGUUAAAUCGGUAGUACUUGCUUGCUACCGUGGCUCACUUAGCAAUUUUGAGUAUUAACAAGAGCUCAGGCUUAUUCUGAACAGUAAGAACUUGGCAGAGAAUAUACUUGAUAUAUGUACUUAGGGAACUUGGGGUGGGGUCAUUUUUUCCCCAUUGGUCUGCUUUAAGAUGAGGCUUUUGUACUUCAGAAUGAGAAACCACUGACUUAAGUAGAUUUCUGCUAGUUUAAUUUGUAUGUAGGUGUAAAUUGUGAAUCUUACAGUAUAUUGGGGUAAUUUUAAAACACUCAAAAAAAAGCUGGGAAUUAAGUGGGUUCCAGUAAUACUAUAUACUGAGGUGCUCGCAUUGUAUUUCAUAAUCUUGUUGCAACCAAAAUAAUUAGUUUUUAAAUGAAAUCCUAAGUUCAGAGGUGUGAUGCCAGAAUGUAUUAUUGUACUGUUAGGCCCUUGGAGCAGAUGAUGGUGCUUUCAGAAAGAUGAAACAGAUGCAAUGGGAGCUCUUGAUAAAGGCUGCUUGCAGCCUACCAGCAGUGCAUACUCUAAGAGAUGCGUGUGGUUAGUUUUGGACUUUAACCUUAAUGGGGGUGCAUGUCUCCUAUUGUUAAUCAUUGUCAGCUGCAGUGACAUGAUCCACAGUCCUGCAUUUACUGCUGCCUUUGUGUUAAUGAUUUUGGAUAGGUUUUAGAACUGGGGUGUUUGUUCUGGGUCUUUUCUUUGGUUUUGGCUUUAGCUGAUAAUGUGUAGUGCUGUCUAGCUAGUGCAGUUCUCAAAUGGCUCCCUACUAGGGAGAGAAUCUAGAGGAUUUAACUGCUCCUUAUCAUCUGUCAUUGCUGCUAGAUAAUGAUUGGCAAUUUUUUAGAUGCAAAUGUGGAAAUCUCAAUAGCUAUUGGCAAACAACCAUAAAAGUAAUGUUUUUGAACACCAGUGCUGGAGAAAAAAAAGGUGAAAAGGGCCUGGACAUAGAAUAGGGAUAAUUGGAGAAUGGGGAUAGAAUGCAAAACGAUAUAGUAUCCCUUAUGGAUGGUCCAUGUGCAACAGAGAACUAUUCCUUAUAUCUGCGACAGUAAUGAUUCAGGGAGGAAGAAAAACCUGGAACUUGAAUUUAAGGCUGAGUUUUCUGUUUCUUGUGUACUGUGCCAGGUAUAUAGUUGAAGGCCAUUGACUUCUCCCUCAGAAAAACUUUCCUUGCUGUUCCAAUAAGGCAUAGCUUCCCUGCCCUAACUUUAAAACACAGUGAGGACUUGGACAAGUUUGAGGCAAAUGCAUAAUAGGAUUGCAGGGUAAAGAACUGCAGUGUUGUGUGCUGUGGGAAAGGGUCGAAGCACUCUUGGGGGUAUUUAUUCUACCUAAGAAUGAAAGACACAACUAUUUGACCGGGAAGCAGGGUAUGUUGUAGAGCUAGCUUAGUAAGGUCAGCGUUGUCACAUACCUUCACAUAAGGGAUAGUAUAUUUUGGGUUGCAGUCAAACUUCAUUGUGCUCAGACUGGUGAAAAUAGAAAAGAGGCUUUUGCAUUUUGAAGAAGAUAGUUUUCAUUCUAAUUCUGUCAUCUACUUACUUACGUAAAGAAUAAUUUUAGAUUUCUCCCCAUAAAGUUUCUUCCUUUUUUUUUUUUUUAAUGCUACAACUUAUUCCAGUCUUUAAUCUCUGGAAUUUUGCUCUUUAAAUUUGGAAGUUAACUAGCAUUUUUCAAGCCUUUAUCUUAUACCCUUGUCUUUCAUAUUAACUUUUUCUUAUUAUUCUUUAGGUGAGAAUGAUUGAUGUUGGCUGAUUUUGGAGUCCUUUACUUGAAGUGAAAUAAGAUGUUUGUCUUCAAGACAUCAUACAACACAGGCCAGCCAAGAAGGAAAGGCACGUGUUUAGCCUGAAAAAGACUAGGAUCAAGUGAGCUGUAUCAGAAAAUGAAUCAAGACGAAAGAGGAAGGAACUUAUUUGCCUUUUAAUAAAGAUAUUUUAAAAUCUU